CAGCUGGGACAGACCAAAGUGUGUAACGUGGAGAGGAGCAGCAGCCGGACGGUGGGUGCCACAUCACAGCGCCUCGUUGCACACAAAGGGCCUCGGCAUGUGGCUGCGGCAGCGGUGGCCCUUCCUUGUGGGUGCCCUGAUCAGCGUCUUGGAUCCUGCCGCCCCGCUCUGCGUACCUGGCCCGGAAGCCGCCCAGGUGAAGUGUCAAACCCCAGCAGAAACUAAAGCAAAAUGUGUGGACAUCACCUUGGGUUCCUGCAAUGAUGUAUCCUAUUCAAAAACAACGUACCCUAAUUUGCUGGAUCAGAAGUCCAGAGGAGUGAUUGAAUACAGCUCUGAAUAUAUCUUGAUGAGUGUGCUCCAUAAUUUGCUGCAGGGGGAGUGCAAUCCUGAUCUGAGGCUUCUGGGCUGCUCUAUCAUGGCCCCAAAGUGUGAAGAAGGAAAAAUCAUUAAGCCUUGUCGUCAUGUCUGUGAAGCCCUGAAAAGAAAUUGUCUUCCUGCCUUUGAUGCAAUUGAUAUGGCUUGGCCUUACUUUUUAGACUGUGAUCGUUUCUUUGUGGAUCAAGUGGAAGGAUGCUUUGACCCAUUGGCAAAGCUGCGAGGGGAAACUGAAUUUUUGGAAGAUGCUGCCAGUGAAGCACCUACAUUCAUUCAGUUCACCCAUCACUCAUUCCCUGAAAUGGUGAGAGUAUUAAAAAAGGUGGUGUCCAGAUGUUCCCACAUUGCCAAGAUGUAUAGUAUUGGCCGCAGCUUUGAAGGGAAAGACCUCUUUGUGGUUGAGUUUUCUACCAGCCCUGGACAACAUGAAUUGCUUAAGCCAGAGUUUAAAUACAUUGGCAACAUACAUGGAAAUGAAGUUGUGGGGAAAGAAUUAUUGAUCUAUCUUGCCCAAUACCUGUGCUCUGAAUAUCUUCUUGGGAACUCUCGGAUCCAAACGUUGAUCAACAACACUCGAAUUCACCUCCUCCCUUCCAUGAAUCCAGAUGGAUAUGAACUUGCAGCAGAAGAGGGAGCUGGCUACAAUGGAUGGACGAAUGGGAGACAAACAGCUCAGAAUCUUGAUCUUAACAGGAACUUCCCAGAUUUGACAUCGGAAGCUUAUCGAUUAUUAAGGAUCAGAGGGGCACGUACUGACCACCUCCUCAUUCCACAAUCUUACUGGUGGGGAAAGGUAGCCCCUGAGACAAAAGCUGUUAUGAAGUGGAUUAGGUCCAUCCCGUUUGUACUGUCUGCCAGUCUCCAUGGAGGUGAUUUGGUGGUUUCUUACCCUUUUGACUAUUCAGUGCAUCCACUAGAAGAGAAAAUGUUCUCUCCCACCCCUGAUGAGAAGAUGUUCAAAUUGCUGUCUAAAGCCUAUGCAGAUGCACACCCUGGUAUCUCAGACAAAUCAGAACUCCGUUGUGGUGGAAAUUUUGUGAAACGAGGAGGGAUCAUAAAUGGUGCUGAAUGGUACAGCUUUACUGGAGGAAUGGCAGAUUUUAAUUACCUGCAUACAAACUGCUUUGAAAUUACUUUGGAGCUUGGGUGUGAGAAGUUCCCCCUGGAAGAAGAACUGUAUUCACUCUGGCAUGAAAACAAAGAAGCCCUCCUGAAGUUCAUGGAAAUGGUUCAUCGUGGAAUAAAAGGAGUUGUUUCUGACAAAUUUGGAAAUCCAAUACCGAAUGCCCGCAUUGCAGUCAAAGGCAUCCGGCAUGACGUCCUCACAGCCGCUGAUGGAGACUACUGGAGACUCCUGCCUCCUGGAAUGCACAUUGUCGUUGCCCAGGCUCGUGGGUAUACGAAGGUCAUCAAGAAGGUGACUUUGCCUGCCAAGAUGACCAGGGCAGGACGGGUCGACUUUGUUUUGCAACCCCUCACUGGUAAGCCCCGCAAAGUUGCCCAUGAGCCCAUGAGAAGUACAUAUGAGCGAUACUACGAUCCACUGGAACACUUUGAUCCUCACGCGCAACAUACCCAGCCAGAACCAAGGGAGGAUGGAAGGCGAUCUGUCCAGGAGAGAGAGAAACCCUGGUGGUGGUCUUACUUCAGUUCUUUAGGGCAACAUAAACCUUUGUGGCUGCUUAAACAUCACUAGACUGUUGUGUUUUGCACUCUUCACUCAACCACACGAGCAGUCAAUCACACUUCCAAUACUACUUUGGAUGUGAAUGGAAAUAUGUGAAUCUGAUUCAUCUGGGAAUCUACCAGUAUCUUGCUUCCCCCCCACAUCCACCCACAUUUUCUUUAUUCUUCUGCACCCAUAAAUGCUGUAUAUUAAAAUUAGUGUGCUCUUAAA